AUUCCAGGUUCUUUCUCAAGCAGCCCAAAAUCAUUGCCAGUGUUUCUUCCCAGUCUUUUUCCCCGUCUUCUUGCCCAUCUUAAUCCUCAUCCAACUAGAGAAGCAAACCAAAAACCCCUCAUCCUCCUGUUUCCCCAUCUUCUUUCUCCCUAAACCAAAAAUCCCUAAUUCUCAUUCCCCAUCUUGUUCAGUUCUCCCUCAUCUUAUUUAGUUCCUCAUCUUUCAUCGGUUCUUCCCCAUCUUCUUCGGUUCAUCCCUUUCUUCUUUCUCAACCUACCUGCAACACAAAAUUCUAAUUUCCCCCUAAUUUUCCUAAUCGAUUGCUACGAAGAAAGAGUCUAGAUCUACACAGCCACACCAUCAACGGAGUGUUCACCCAUUGCCAUCAGAGAUGAGCACGAAAAGCUUGAGGAUUUGGAUCUUGGGCAAUUCGGCCUACUUUUCUAUUUACAGAAUAGAAGAUGAAAUAGAAAACCCACCUCUUCAUUUUUUUUUUUUCUGUUUUAUUUGUUUUGGUAUGGAACUUGGAAUUAUGUAUUGGUGGAAAAUUUUUUGAAUGCAUUUUCUUGCUGCUUUGAUUGUUACAACUCUUUGCCUUUUUCACAAAUAAGGAUGGAAAUCACUGAUCUUUUCAAUCCUCAUCUAAGCGUGGGUUGUGAUAUUUCCAUGAUUUUCUUCUUAGACACAUGCAUUUGGGGUGUGGCAUUUGGAGGUGGUGGGGAGGGUGUUGAGAAAUUACAAUGAGAGAUGAGUGUUAAGUCCAAAGAUGUUGGGUAUUUGAUUUUCCUCCACUAGUGAUGGUGGCAUAGCGAAAUGUCAAGCUCAACCCAUACAACUGUCUAGAAUGUAGAACCAUUUUUUUUCAAUGCCACAUAGGUUUCUAUAAUGAUCUAAAUUAUAUAUUUUUUUUCUUGAUUAAGGUUACCUUAUUGCUUGAUUGGUUGUAGUAUUUAACUUUUAUGUUGCGAGGUUUCAGAAUCAAAGUCCUACUCCUCU